UUUCUGAAUCUUCCUACCAAAUUCCAGUUUAAAUUAUCUAUUUUAUAUUCAGUCCUCCGACUUCUCAUUACGCAGCGGUACCAGUCACAAUAAAUUUCUCGAGAGAUGACUUUCAACCACUUCACCAGGCUGGUCCUUCUAGCCUUUGUUCUUCAGGGCACUCAAGCUUUAGGUUUAGAUUCUGAAACAACGAGGCUGGCUCCUCGCGCGUUGAGAUUCCAAAGAAGAACGAACAAUGUGGAGGCUUCUAAGGCUUUGAAGCUUGCUAUUAAUGACAAAUCGGAUGACGGAGCCCGCCCAGCAAACCAAACUUCAGCUGCUCCAACUGAAGAUCCCACCAAAAAAACGACUGAAAUCAAACUCGGUACAAGCAAUGUAGCCAAUGAGAAAGCCUCGGCUACAAGCUUGGUGCAGGAUUCUCAGAAUAAAACUGAGGGUGGUACCCAAAAGACAGCGGUAGAAAAUAAAGCGGCUGUCGCGGGAAGUGAUGCUCUUAAUAAAGGAAGUGGAUCGCUUACAAAAGCAACAGCACUAACAAGUCUGCAGGAUUCGAGUGCUCCAAACAACGCGACUAAAGAGGUCAAAACAGAUGCUGGCGUCGAUUUGACCAAACCUGGCUCCGCGGUGGUCGCGCCGAAACCUGAAAAGUUGUCUCAAACUGCCACCAGUGGCACAAAUCUGGCGGAAAAAUCGAUCAAGUCGGAUGACGGAGAUCGCCCAGGAAAACAAACUUCAGCUGCUUUAGGUCAAGUCGAGGCUACCAAAAAUUCGACCGAAUCCAAACUGGGUACAAGUAAUGUUGGCGAUGAUAAAAGCAAGUCCAAAACCUUGGAGAAAGAUCCUCAGAAGAAAACUGAAGGGGAUACCCAAAAGACAGCCUUAGAAAACAAGACGGCUGUCCCCGGGAGUGAUGCGCUUCAAAAAGGAAGCGGGUCGCUUUCAAAGAGUCUUCAGGAUCUGAGCGCUUCAAAGAACACGGGAAGUGAGGAGAAAAAAGAUGCUAGCAGCGCCAGUUUGGCCAAGGCAACCAGUGCGACGGGCGGCGCAGCUCUGGCGGAAAAAUCAUCGACUGGAGAUACUAUCCCCACGAUCAACUUGGACCCGGGAUCCCAAAACAAGACGGAGAAUAAAAGCAAAACAUCUGGCCUAGAAUUGGAACAGAAGAAGGCAACCACUGAGGCCACAGGAAAUCUCAAAGCUGCGACAGAUCCACAAGCAGCCAAGACCUCAGAAGCCGCCACCGAGCCGAUCAAAUUUGAGUCAACUGACGGCGCAAUCGCAAUAAACCCCAAGGCUGAUUCUACCGCGAAAACCGCAAACGCUGCCGCAGCAGAAUUGCAGACGGGAACUAAUAAUGGGAAUACCACGACACCACCAGAGCUAGCACAAACGACUAGCGGCGGAGACACAAAAACCCAACCUGGCCCUGAAUCAAAAACUCAACCUGAGGCUGCAAAAACUAAUGCUGGACAGGCCAAACCCGAUCUUACUGGCGCUGAGGCUCAAAAAAUCGAACAGAAAUCACCUGAUCUAACCGAAGCCACUUCCUCUCCUCCUACAAAGUCUAAAAACAAGUCUAAAAAGAAGGGUAAUAAACUUAAGGUCAAUAAAGAAAUUGUUUGAUGAUAAUAAUCCUCCAGAUUUCUAGUGGUUGAAUUCUUCAAUAUAUAAGCAUGUAUCAUUUCACUCCUUUUCAUGAAGCUGCUUUGAAACCCCCCCAAAAA